CCGGCCGCCGCUCGCCUCUCGCAGUCGGAGCGCAGCCGCCGGCGGAGCCGAACGGGUGCCCAGGUUAGCCAUGUCAUCGGAGCCUCCCCCGCCGCCGUCGUCACAGCCCCCUACCCACCAGGCUACCCACCAGACAGGGCUGCUGGACACGCCUCGGGCCCGUGAGCGCUCACCGUCCCCGCUGCGGGGCAACGUGGUUCCCAGCCCGUUGCCUACUCGCCGGACUAGGACCUUCUCUGCGACGGUGCGGGCUUCCCAGGGCCCAGUCUACAAAGGAGUUUGCAAAUGCUUCUGCCGGUCCAAGGGCCACGGCUUCAUCACCCCGGCGGACGGCGGCCCUGACAUCUUCCUGCACAUCUCCGAUGUGGAGGGCGAGUACGUCCCCGUGGAAGGCGACGAAGUCACCUACAAGAUGUGCUCCAUCCCCCCCAAGAACGAGAAGCUGCAGGCCGUGGAGGUCGUCAUCACCCACCUGGCUCCGGGCACCAAACACGAGACCUGGUCUGGGCACGUGGUCAGCUCCUAGGAGACGCCCACCGCACACCUCUCCUGGGCUGGUGGGAGACUUUGGGGCAGUAGGACCAUGCCGGGAACAACACUGCUGCCCAGGCUGGGGCUGGAGGAGGGUGUGGUCCUAACAAGUUCCUCCUGGAGGAACUGGGGCCACAAGGGAGCCUCCCCUCCCCCGCCACCAGCACAGCCUUUGACCAUCACAACAACCUCUCACCAUCUGAAAAGUAUUAAAAGCAUUUAAAAAGGA